AUGACUAACUUUACACUGAUAUAUUCACGAGACAUCUAUGUCGACAACACCUCGGGUAAAGACACCAACCCUGGUGAUUCAAAAAUAUUUCCAUUUGAAUCACUUCAAAAUGCGCUUUCAACACUCAAAGACACUCCCCCAUACGACCCAAUUACUAUAUAUGUCAAAUCGGGAUAUUACCCAUUUAUUAAUAAAACUUUGUCUAUCACACACAACAUUCUUCCUGAUCCUUCUGUUUAUCACUCUUUAACUAUUACUAAAUAUCCAAAUGAAUCUCCACCAGUAAUCACAGGUGGUGUUAAGCUUCCCAUUUCAUCUUUUCGUGCAUUUGACGCGACUAAAGACGCGAAACAAUAUUCAAAAAUUCAAUCGAAAGUUCGAAGCAAAAUCCAAGUGUGUGAUUUAAAUAAUCAAUACAACAAAAUCGAGUUGGGCAUUUUAGAAGCGACUAAUAGUGUUGAAAUAUUUGUAGAUGAACAGCGGUACCAUUUGGCGAGGUAUCCAAAUUCAGAAUACACUGACAAUACACACUCAACUGAUCGUAUUUAUGUCCUUCCACCAACUGAUAAUACAACUUUGUUGGUACCUAAUAUUGCAGGAUAUUAUUUCCCACUAAAAGAGGUUAUGUGUGCAAAUUACCCUCUUUUUAAAAGCGAAAAACCUAUAUUAGGCAUCCACUACUAUCUCUAUAAAAACACAACAAAUUACUGGACUAUUUCAUCUCGUUUUGAUUGUGGAAUUCCAACACAAAAAGAUGGGGCUUAUUGGACCAUAAAACGUGAAAAAAUAGCCGGCGCGUUGAACCCCAUAGAGUCUUCUGGAGCUCAUGGUAAGCCAAUUCUUCAAGACGAAAAUUACGUGUACAGAGGUAACAUGUGGACUGCUUAUGCCCCCGACCGAUAUGGAAGGACGUUUUAUUACAGUGAUAAUAUCAUAGAUAAGUAUGCUCAAUAUCAAGAAAUCUGGCUGAGAGGGUAUUGGCUCAUCUUUGCACACGACCAAAUUGUCCGAGGAAAAGUCGACAAUUCAACACGGAAAAUCACUGUUGACAGAGACUUUGGGAAGAACCCCGACUUUCAAGGAAUAAUGAGUGGAAGACCUUUUUAUAUAUUUAAUUUACUUGAAGAGUUGGACGAAGAGGGGGAGUACUAUAUCGAUUAUGAAGACAAAAAACUUUUCAUAUAUCUUAAAGAAAACGCAGCAAAAAUAUGGAUCACUCAGAGCACAUUUAAUCUCAUUCACGUGUAUAACGUGACAAAUGUAACAAUUAAAAAUAUUAUUUUUGAAUAUGCAAGAAAAAACCUUGUCCAUUUUACACUUGUGAAUAAUUCUAAAAUUACUAAUUGCACAUUCCGCCAUUGUGGUCUAAGAGCACUUUAUUUCUCAGGUACACACAACAAUAACAUUACACAUAACAUUUUCUAUGACACGGGAUCUGAAGCUGCGCUUUUGGACUGUGGUAAUAUAUCAACUUUAUAUAAUGGUAAAUGCUAUUUAGAACACAAUUAUGCAAAUUCAAGUGCACAAGUUUACUUUAAUUUUGUACCUGCCUUUUCAAUAAAAGGAGUUGGAAAUUUCAUGAAACAUAAUUUGGUAGAAAACACGCCACACAUCGCAUUUUACCACGGAGGUGCCAAAAUAGAAAUUUCAUAUAACGAAGCCAGAAACUUUUGCACAAGAGCUUCUGAUUGUGGUGCUAUUUAUUCUGGAACACAUUGGGAGUUUGUUGGCAAUGAAAUUAAAAACAAUUACUUUCAUGACUCUGUUGGAUUUGGGAAGGAAAAUUCAUAUGUAAUAGGAUUGUAUUUGGACGACAACUUAAGUCAUCACAUAGUGUACCAAAAUGUCGUUUCCAAUAUAGUUGGGAUGUGUUUAGUCUUGGCUUCAGGAAGAAGCAACACUGUUUUUAAUAAUAUUUUCUUCAAAUGUAAAAUAGGGUUCUCGGGUAAUUCAAAGGGGGUAUAUAGGUACCACACAACACCAGGAAUGUUUUAUAAUUUGCUUGAUACAAUGGAAACAAGUGGUGUGGAUAGGUAUUCACCACCAUGGAGUGUUCAAUUUCCAGAGUGGAGUAAAUUGCCUCUAACAUCAGAUGAGUUGAUAAAAGAACAGAAUUUACAUUGGCUAGUGAUGGAAAACACAGAUAUAUACUGUAAUGUGUUUUCUGGAAGUUAUAAUAUGGAUUACAGGUUUUUGGAAAAUUGUGACAAAUACAUCAGAAGAUUUGAGAUGAACACCAACUCAAGUCAAACAACCACUUUUUAUGAUUAUAAAAAUGGCGAUUUCAGAAUGAGGAAAAACAGCCAAAUUUAUAAAUACAAAUGUUGGAAGGAAAUAUCUUUGGAAAAUAUUGGUAUUAACAAAGAAGACAAAACUGUUGACAUUUUAGAAAUGUCAAGUUGUGUGGCUAUAUUACUAUUGUUAAUUUUAUAG